UUUUAACCUUUUUCAUUCACAUUAAUAAUCAUUUAUUUUUAGCGCCCCGCAACCAUCACCCACUCCUGUUCCAACCGAAGUGAACUCGGGGCAGAAGAACGCUGGAGCUUCCCCCAAUCGGCUGCCAUUGAUCUUCAUCCCCGUGAUCCGGGUAGUUUCGCGCCUUUCAAACAUAUUCAAUCCGUCUUACUCUCGUCGGCCUCUUCCCCCCCCUUUCUUGUGAUCAUGCAUGAGCUGUUACUCUUCGCCUCGGUCCCCGCCCACCAACAUCAUGAGCUCCUGCAACAGUUGGCAGGUCUCACGGCCAUGCAACCCCGUCAUCGCCUAGAACGACGUCUGAUCUUCAAGGCCUACCGCAAACCGGGGCUGAUCAACACCCGCGUGGGAGCCAGUCAGGAUUUGCAGGGGAAUGAGAUGCAGCGUCUCAACAAGAUGCUCAACGGUGGCAUGUUCUACACCCAGGUGGUGGGCCCACUGGACGAGUCCGAUUUUGGCCUCAACCCGUCGCCGUCCGCUGGAGAUCCUGAUGAUGCCGCCAUGUCCGGCACGGACGAAAUUCCCACCAAUCGUCCCGCCUAUAGUUACGAAAAUCAACCGUGGAAGUUGGAGUUUCGAGAUAUUCCCGAGGCCGGCACUCGAUCUGCCGUGACGGCGCGGUUGAUGGCUAGCUCCAGCCUUCCUAAAGGUGAUAUUUCCACCCCCAUGACCGCCUGGGGAUAUAGUUUCGUCUCCGAGUACGUGGUGGAGGGGGACAUCUUCGUCUUGAAUGACAUUGUCAUCUUCCUGCAUCGGGUCCUGCACUAUCCGACUGAACCCCAGUCGCAUGAACCGCGGCGAGAACUGCCCCCGCUCUCGGACAUGACUCUGCUCGAACGUUCGGGCAGCUAUGUCCUGCAGGCUUCGAUCACCGUCCAGGACGGCGGGAACCAGGAGAUGAUGAAGACGGCGUCGCAGCACCUGUUCGGACUGCGGGAACAGUUGAAAUACGCCGUCCGGCUCGAACAGGCGGAUCGACUGUCGCUGGAUACACGGGCGAAGUAGAGGCUUUCUUUGUUCUGGCUUUCUUUGCUUUGGUUUUCCUUGAUUAAUGCCGUAUAUACCCCGGGGCGAUGCCUCAG